AUGCCAGACGACACUUCAAUUGAUACAAAGCUGGUAAUUGGAACUCGCAAUUCCAAAUUGGCACUAGUCCAAGCCGAACGGGUUUCCAAAGCCUUAUCCAGCGCUCACCCCCACAUCAGCUUCCCAUGGAAAACCAUCUCAGUCAGGGGAGACGUGGAUAAGACAAGCCCGUUCCUGAAAUUUGGCGGUCCCUCCGAUGCCGCCAAAAAUAUUUGGACAGAAGAGAUGGAGGCCAAACUUUGCGCUGGCGAGUUGGACCUGCUUGUGCAUUGUUUGAAGGAUAUGCCCACUCGUCUACCGAGCGAAUGCAUUUUAGGUGCGAUAAUUCACCGUGAGGAUCCUACCGAUGCAUUUGUAAUCAAGGCAAGCCUGCAAGAGCGGUAUACCGAUCUUGACCAAUUGCCCGCGGGAUCGGUGAUUGGUACCAGUUCCACUCGCCGGAAGGCGCUCCUCGGAUACAAGUACCCUCAUUUGAAAGUGCAAGAAUGUCGUGGGAACAUUGAUACUCGACUCCGGAAACUCGAUGAUCCGGAGGGGCCUUUUACAGCUAUUAUCAUUGCAACUGCUGGCUUGAACCGGAUCAAUAUGGCUAGUCGCAUCACAAAGCAUCUGCCUCCGUCUGAAUUUCCCUAUGCAAUUGGGCAAGGGGCUUUGGGUGUUGAGAUUCGCAAGAAUGAUACUGAGACCUUGCGCAUCAUACAAGCCAUUGAAGAUCCUCUCACACGAUGGAUCUGUAUGGCAGAGCGAUCACUGCUCCGCAGCCUCCAGGGAGGAUGCUCUUCUCCAGUCGCUGUUCACUCCAGAAUCGAAAAGCAAGAUAGUCAAUAUUCUCCCGGGGGUCGUAUACGAAUUGAAGGCACCAUCAUUCAUCCCCAUGGCUUGAGCCAGAUCUCGCAAAGCGCAGCUGCGGAUGUGACGAGUGACAGUGAAGCGGAGGCGCUUGGGAGAUUGCUUGCAAAGUGCCUGGAGGAUGCUGGUGGACGGGACCUUCUAGAUGAAAUCCGUCUUGUUCAAGGGAAGGAAUUCAAUAACGCUCAGAAUUAA